AUGGGAACAAAAAGAAGGAAACGAGCAGCAUGUCAGGUUUUGAUUUUUCUUGGUUCCUUUUCUAAUUUCGUCUUGCAACUACUGGUCACUGUCUGGCCGACAUGGGUCAGGCUCGUUCCAAAAGAUACCAACAAAUUUACUCAUCAGGGCGCCAUGCUUGGAUUAUGGAGGGGAUGUACUCGGUACCUCCCUGGAUCGUACAUGUGCAUGGAUGAGUUUCCAGAGGAAGAAGUGUUGUCAACGGACGAAGACUCUUCCGAGAACCCCUACUCGCUGAAGACGAUGCGCGUGCUCAUGCUCGUCUCCGUCGUCCUUUCCGGCCUCUCGAACGUCACUGCCUUAGCCGGAUACGAGUGCAUCACCUUAUCCAGCAACAACUACAAAUUCCGCAGGCGGUGCGCACGCUUCAGCGGCUUCCUCAUGUUUCUGUCAGGAGUGUGCAGCAUUGUCGCCAUGUCAUAUUUCUCCUCCGGGCUCUUCGAAAAGUCCUUCAAGCCAUUACAGACACAACUAACUGUACAGUACUCGUCAUUGAAGAAUGAAGACUUCAACAUUGUGUGGACAAACAUUUUGUACAUUGCCUGGAGCAGCAGCACGUUGGGCGUUCUUUGCGGAAUUUGUCUUUGCUGUCUGGCGGGAUCAAUGUACGAGUCCUUGGAGACUACCGAGCUACUUAAGACACGCGCCUACGGUCAUGAGCUCGAAGCCUCUUAUCGUCAACUUGCCGCACAGAAGGCCGCUGAAUCUGAGCUUAACUCGCCUCAGGAGGGAGCGAAAGUUGGACAUAUUCGUACGCUUCAGCAUCAAGGCCGCCCUAGAAGAAUCCGCAAUCGUCAAAAUGGAUCCGUCCCUCCUAAUCUGGCCAAUUCAAAAAUGUCUAAUCACGUGGCAAAACCAGUGCUCCGGCACCAAGAAAGUGUGGAAACUCUUUCGUCUGAGGGACCCCUCUCGUUCGCCUUGCCAAAGCCAAGGGAUCUCCAUCAGCCGGAGGACUUGACUGAUUGCGACAUUGAAACGUCACUCGCGGUCGGGGCGUGCUCCCUGCUUCCAAAAACCGUCGGCUCGCUCGAACGCGACUCCUCGACGAAAAGAAAUCAAAUGACUGAAGAACCCAACAACUACGUCAUGGAUGGAUAUGUUUAA